CCUUCCCACAAACUCUCUUCUGAGGAAACUAAACUGAUCUGAGUCUCUCUGUCGUCUGUCUGUGUGAGAGUGAACAACCGUCCAAAUGGCUCAACAGGGAGUUCUGCUGGACCAGGACCAGUUCUGUUGUUCUGUCUGUCUGGAUCUACUGAAGGAGCCGGUCACUAUUCCCUGUGGACACAGUUACUGUAGGAGCUGUAUUGAGGGCUGCUGGGAUCAGGAUGUUCUGAAAGGGGUCUAUAGCUGUCCUCAGUGCAGAGAGACCUUCACUCCAAGGCCUAAUCUGAGGAAAAAUAACAUGUUGGCUGAGCUGGUGGAGAAACUGAGGAAGACAGGACUCCAGGCUGCUCCCCCUCCUGCUCUGUGCUAUGCUGGACCUGGAGAUGUGGCGUGUGAUGUCUGCACUGGGACCAGAAAGCAGAAAGCCCUCAUGUCCUGUCUGGCAUGUCUGGCCUCUUACUGUGAGACUCACCUCCAACCUCACUAUGAAUCUCCUGCUUUGAAGAAGCACAAGCUGGUCAAAGCCACCGCACAACUACAGGAGAAGAUCUGCUCUCAUCAUGACAAACUGCUGGAGGUUUACUGUCGUACCGAUCUGCAGUGUAUCUGUUAUCUGUGUACAAUGGAUGAACAUAAAGGCCAUGAUACAGUGUCAGCUGCAGCAGAGAGGACUGAGAAACAGAGGCAGCUGGGGAUGAGUCAGCAGAAGGUCCAGCAGAGAUUCCAGGAGAGAGAGAAGGAGCUGAAGAAGCUCCAAAAAGCUGUGAAGUCUUUCAAGCGCUCUGCACAGUCAGCAGUGGAGGACAGUGAUCAGAUCUUUACUGAGCUGAUCCGCUCCAUUGAGAGAAGGAGCUCUGAGGUGAAGGAGCUGAUCAGAGCCCAAGAGAAGGCUCAAGUGAGUCAAGCUGAAGGACUCCUGUCCAGGAGGGAGCAACUGAAGCAGGAGAUCGCUGAGCUGAGGAAGAGAAGCACUGAGCUGGAGCAGCUCUCACACACAGAGGAUCACAUCCAUUUCCUCCAGAGGUAUCAGUCUCUCUCUCUCCAGAGGUAUCAGUCUCUCUCUCUCUCUCUCUCCAGAGGUAUCAGUCUCUCUCUCUCUCUCUCUCUCUCUCUCUCCAGAGGUAUCAGUCUCUCUCUCUCUCUCUCUCCAGAGGUAUCAGUCUCUCUCUCUCCAGAGGUAUCAGUCUCUCUCUCUCUCUCUCUCUCUCUCUCUCUCUCCAGAGGUAUCAGUCUCUCUCUCUCUCUCUCUCCAGAGGUAUCAGUCUCUCUCUCUCUCUCUCUCCAGAGGUAUCAGUCUCUCUCCAGUAUCAGUGUAUCUUCAGACUUACCCAGCAUCGUUGUCCGUCCUCUUCAGUACUUUGGAGAUGUGAGUCAGACUGUGUCUGAACUGAGAGAGAAACUAGAAGACUUCCUUAAAGGAGAAUGGACCAAGAUCUCCACUACAGUGAAUAUAGUGGAUGUUGUACUGCCUCCAGAGCCCAAGACCAGAGAACAGUUGUUACAAUAUUCCUGUCAGCUCACACUGGACCCAAACACAGCAAACACACUCCUCUCUCUGUCUGAAGGGAACAGAAAGGUGACCUGUACAGGCCAAGUCCAACCAUAUCCUGUCCAUCCAGACAGAUUCACCAACUACAGGCAGGUUCUGUGUAGAGAGGGUCUGUCUGGACGCUGUUACUGGGAGGUGGAGAGGACUGGUGGUGUUGCUACAGCAGUCUCAUAUAAAGACAUCAGCAGAACAGAGAGAGAUGGUAGAUUUGGAUACAAUAACAAGUCCUGGAGUUUAAAGUGCUCUAGUGAUGGUUAUUGUUUCAGACACAAUAAUGUUGAGACUAAAGUAUCAGGCCCUCAGUCCUCCAGAGUAGGAGUGUACCUGGAUCACAAGGCAGGUACUCUGUCCUUCUACAGUGUCUCUGACACAAUGACCCUCCUCCACAGAGUCCAGACCACAUUCACUCAGCCCCUCUAUCCUGGGUUUGGUCUCUAUGAUUAUAAUGGUUCUGCUGAGCUGGUUAAACUGUAAACUGAUUUGUUAUUAAUUAAAAUUCAAUGCAAUGUUUUAAUCUUGUACAUUUCCAUGAAUCAUGAUGUCUGGUGUUGAUGUAUAUUGGUUGUCAUUCAGAACCAUUGAUAUGUUUUCUCAGUUGGUUCUCUGUCUCUAUGUAAUUCUCCUCAGUAUCAUUGAUCAGCUUGUUGGCUCGGUCCUAAUUGAUGAGUUCU